AUGCAGAUUAAAGCGGACGCAGUGGCGAUGGGAAGAGCCUUUUACCACACGUUCGACGUCUCCCACCGGUGCCCUGCGGCGAGAACCCAGCGCACCGUUAGUUGUUCAGACUUCUCGGCGCCGAAAGCAUCUAAAUUCGCCCCUCGUGUUUGCGGAAGGCGCGCAGCGAGCCGAGGGGGACACGUGCUGCCGUGGACGGUGGCCGAGUUCUACCUGCGGGCAGAGCGUGCUGCUGACGCGGCGGCUCGGCUUCGUGGGGCGCGUGCUGCUGGAGAAGCUGCUGUCUACUGCCCCGACAUCGACACCGUCUACGUUGCUGCGCGCCCCGCAAGGGGCUCUGCGGUGCAGGAGCGCCUGCACAAGCUGCUCGACGUCCCGCUGUUCGACCGGGUGCGCGCGCAGCGGCCCGAGGCGUUGGGACGCCUGCAGGCGGUGGAGUGCGACACGGCGCAGCCCAGCCUGGCGCUGGCGGAGGCGGACGCGCGCGUGCUGGCGGAGCGUGUGUCCGUGGUGUUCCACCUGGCGGCCAGCGUGCGCUUCGACGACCCGCUCAUCACGGCCGUGCGCACCAACGCGUGCGCCACGCGCGACCUGCUGGAGCUCGCCACGCGCAUGACCAAGCUCAAGCUGUACCCGGUGGCGGGCGACUGGCGCUCCAUCCUGGCGCUGGUGGAGGCGCAGGGCCAGAGCGACCCAGUGGCCCUGCGCGCACUCACAACCAAGAUCCUGGGUCCAUACUGCAACACGUACACAUUCUCAAAGAACCUGGCGGAGCACAUCGUGGACCACUACUCGGACCGCCUGCCCGUGGGCAUCGUACGCCCUUCAGUGGCUACCGCCCGUGACCCGUUCCCCGGUUGGAUCGACAACUUCAACGGCCCCAUGGGUUUGAUGGUGAGCGCUGGGAAGGGCGUGUUGCACACGGGCUACAGCGACCCCGACUGCUACAUUGACUACGCUCCCUGCGACAUCGUCGUCAAGGGAAUUGUCUUGCUGGGGCCGCCGCUCGUCUACCACGCUGCGCGCGUGGGGGUACAUAGCAUCAGCCUGGGCCGCAUCAUCGCCAUCGGGAUCGAGGCUAGUGUCGAGCUGCCAUUCUCGGACACUCUGUACCACCCAUGCGGCGAUAUUACCGGCAACUACCUGCUCUUCCUCGCGCAGUUCUUCUUCUUCCAUCUGGUGCCAGCGGUGAUCGGGGACGCUCUGCUCUGCGCCGCCGGCCGCAAACCCAUGUUGAUUCGCCUGCAGCGCCGAAUUUACUCGGCCUUCAUGGCGCUUUCGUUUUUCCUCCUGCAAAACUGGGACUUCGCGAACAGCCGCUUCCUGGGUCUGGAGAAGAGGCUGCGGCCAGAGGACCGCGAGGGAUUCAGCUACCAAUUGGAGAGCUUCGUGCCUGAGGCCUUCGUCAGGGACGCGCUGCACGGCACGCGCCGCUACCUCAUGAAGGAACCCGACAGCAAUCUGCCACAAGCCAUUCAAGCUUAUAAGAGGAAACGUUUAAUUCAUCUGAUCCUGAAGACUCUGUUUUAUGCCACGAUAUCCUGGAUAAUUUUAUCCAUGCUCCACAUUCUGUUGUUUGUGGAAUGAUGCUGGUGCUUCCGAAAAAGGAAAUCAACUACACCACAAUGCUACAAUUGAAACUGGAACGUCCGUAUCUUGCUUUUUAAAAAAAAAAUAUAUUCCAAAAUAAGUUACCAAAAAUACUUAAUAUACAGUUAAGUGCGAUGGAAUGUAAUCUACAUCCCUGACAAUAAAUAACAUUAUUC